AUGUUAUACUUCACUAUUUUUCUUCUUUUCCUGUUAUUUCCUUCUGUUGAAUCCAAUACAAAAAUCGUGGUGGUUUGGGGAGUUCCUGUGGAGCAAUCUGCUCUAAAAGUUAACGACUGGAACACAUGUAUCACUCAGUGUUUGAAUGAUGUUCAGUGUGUUUUAAUUCAAAAAACCGCCACCGGUUGUAGCCUUUUUCAUUUGGGAAGUGUCAAAACCGUGAUGAAAACUGGUAAGGAUUCUGGUAAGAAAGUUGGUAUUAAGAGAACAUUGAAUACAUGCUCUAACGGCAUUGACCCACCAAUGUUUGGCCAAUCAACAGUAUCGGAAACCUUUGUUUAUAAUGGAAAUAACUAUAAGUACAACAUCACUAAAAUAGGAACAACCGGAUGGAGCUUUGGAUUCAGUAACACUAUUCAGUGUCCACCAGAUUCUUUUCUAUCUGUGAGAGAUAAGAAUCAAGUUUGCAUUUCGGUUCAACUAUUCCCAGGUCCAAAUUACUGCAAGUACCAAGCUGAUGGUAUUAAGCUAUGUCAAUCAGUAGGAGCUAUUGGUCUAACCGGACCAUAUAAUUCUACCGAGGGAAAAAUCAUAACAGAAAUAGCCGCUUCUAAAUCAAAAAAGAUUCCUUCCGGUAUAAACGGAUUUCAAAAUUUUUGGAUUGACGGAGAUCGGACUGGAAAAACCACAGUUAAGGUCAGUGAUCCCACUCUCAAUGGAGUGGAAGGAUAUGACUGGCAAACGAGUCUUACGAAGGUGGACGAGACCUACUCAUGUGUAUAUCUUGGCACGAAGGGACAACCAACUAGUAAUCGGUACCAUAACAUCUGGACUGAAUGUAGUACUCUGUGUUUGGAUAAUGUUCAGUGUGUUUUAAUUCAAAAAGCCGCCGACGGCUGCCAUCUUUACCAUUUGGAAAAUGCCAGAACAAUAAGGAAAACUGAUAGAGCAUCUGGUGGGAUUGUUGGUUUCAAGAGAACAAUGGAUACCUGUCCUAAUAGCGAUGACGCUCCAAUGUUUGGCCAAUCAUCAGUACAAGAAACAUUUGUUUAUAAUGAAAACAAUUAUAAAUACAACAUCACCAAAACUGUUACAAACAAAACUACCAUGUGGAGCUUUGGAUUCAGUAACACUAUUCAGUGUCCAUCAGACUCUUUUCUAUCUGUAAGAGGAAAAAAUCAAGUCUGUAUUUCGGUUCGUCUAUUCUCAGGUCCAAAUUACUGCACGUACCAAGCUGAUGGUAUUAAGCUAUGUCAAACAAUAGGAGGUAUUGGUCUCACCGGACCAUUUUCUUUUACCGAAGGAGAAAAAAUAACAAAAUUAGCCGCUUUUAUGUCAAAAGGAACUCCUUCCGGUCAAGAGGGAUAUCAAAACUUUUGGAUUGACGGAAAUCGGACAGGAGAAACAACAGUCAAAGUCAGUGAUCCCACUCUCAAUGGAACUACUGGAUAUGACUGGAAAAUGAGUCUUACGAAAGUGGACGAGACCUACUCGUGUGUAUAUCUUGGAACGAAUGAUGAUUAUUAUGGAAAAACAUAUAUUUAUGUAUGCACACUAUACAGCGGUGCAAAAUUCUGUAUGCGUGGUGCUAUAUGUCGGACGAAGCCUGUUACGUAUUAUUGA